UGAUGGUGGGCGUGACAACAACAUGCCAUCAUUACUCACGCACAUACAGCAUUGAUACACCUUCCUUUUUCCAACCAAUACGACGUCGUUCCGCUAGUAAACCUUCGUCUAUAUGCCAGCUGGCACAGUUCAACUGAUCCCCAAAAAUGUAGUAUAAAUAGCAGAUGCUAGUGCUCAUCGUUGUCCAGUCAAUUCAAUCAAUCGUCAACAACUCUGACCGAUCACCGACCGGAAAACACCUCCGACGACCGUCAUCAAUGGCUACAAAAGUGUAUAUCGUGUACUACUCAAUGUAUGGACAUGUAGAGAAGUUAGCAGAAGAAAUAAAAAAAGGAGCUGCAUCUGUUGAAGGAGUUGAAGCCAAAUUAUGGCAGGUCGCAGAGACAUUGAAUGAAGAAGUGCUUGGGAAAAUGAGUGCACCACUAAAGAGCGACGUACCAGUAAUCACAGCAAACGAACUUUCUGAAGCAGAUGGAUUUGUUUUCGGGUUUCCAACAAGAUUCGGUAUGAUGUCGGCCCAAUUCAAAGCCUUUUUCGAUUCCACUGGUGGCCUUUGGAGAACCCAACAGCUCGCUGGCAAGCCAGCUGGCAUCUUCUAUAGCACCGGAUCUCAAGGUGGUGGUCAAGAAACUACUGCUUUGACGGCCAUAACUCAACUGGUUCACCAUGGAAUGAUAUUUGUGCCAAUCGGAUACACAUUUGGAGCGGGCAUGUUUGAAAUGGAGAAAGUGAAAGGUGGAAGUCCUUAUGGUGCAGGAACUUACGCUGGGGAUGGUUCUAGACAACCAUCCGAGCUGGAGCUACAACAGGCGUUUCACCAGGGGAAACACAUCGCUACCAUUGCUAAGAAACUCAAGGGAGCUGCAUAAUAGUUUCAUAUCUUUAUGUGAUUGGAAAAGGGUGAUUGUUAUUAUAACAAACACACAUUUAUAUGUCGUUUUAAGGUUGUUUCUCGUAAUUGUCAUUCAUAAAAACCAAUAAUAUGAUUUGUUAUACAACAUUUGUCCAAAAGAAUCUUGAUAGAUAACAACAUA